AUGGUUGGGGUGGUUCGCGUCCGCAGGCGUAACGGCCGGCCAGCAUCUCAAGCCUGCCUGGUAGCUGCAGCUUCUGCAGGAGCCAUCGUUGCCAAUCGCGGCAUCGGUGGCGGCAUUGGCAGCAACGGUCGGGCCGAUGGCCGCCAGGGCAUACGUCGCGAGGGCAGGCCCAGCCGGCAUUUGUGGCUGGGUAACGUGCCUGCCGAGUCCGAUAAGCCCGAAAUCGAGCGUUUGUUUGGGCGCUUCGGGCCCCUGGAGUCCGUCCGCGUGUUUCCCGGCAAGACAUUCGCCUUCGUCAACUACCUGGAGCUCCAGCACGCCGUUGCCGCCCGGAUGGGUCUUGACGGUCAAUGCGAACCCGCUCUCUCCGGUGAGAAGCGACUGAUUGUCCGAUACCAGGAGGAGCUCACACUGGUAUCUGCCGAUUCGGGCAGGGCCGGGGUCAACUCCCGGGGCAGCCAAGCUGAAGAUCCAUUAGGGUUCAUUUCGGCCGCCUUCUUGGUACGCGUCGUCCACAACGAUGGAUACCCACCCGAGCCAAUGCUCAACCUGUCAAACAUGCUCAACCCCAACAACAUUUACUACAAUGAGGAGCUGGCGGCGAGAUACGUCCGCAUGAACGCCGGUCAAAAAGCUGCGCUGUGGGCGCAUGACGUAAUCCUGCGCGCCACGGUAAUGGAAGACGUGGCUACGGCCGCAGCCAUCAUUAAUGCCGACACCGCCGACGGCCCCGGUCACCCGGACACCAGUGUCUCCGCUGCGCGCCUGUUGGCGCUGGCCCGUCGCGGCAACCUGGCUGCUGUGGGGCCCGGCGGCGCCGCUGCCGGUAGCGGAUUUUGGUUGCCGCGUGCCAGGGCGGCGGAUGGGCCGCAGUACCGGGCGCUGAACAGCGGCGAAGGCGGCAGAGAUGGCCGUAUCGCGGGCGGUAACGGGCUCUUCGUCGUCCUUCCAACCCAAGACGCUCUCGGCUUUCAGCAGGUCGCCAAUGCGGCGUCGCUGCUGGAUCUUGCGGGGGCUGCGGCUAGCGUGCCGUUAGGCCUCCUGGAGCAGUACGGCCUCGCACCGCUGGCUGCUACCGCCACCAGGCCCGACGAUGCGGCGGCCGUGGAUCUCCUAGAGCAACAGUUUAUUGCGGUGCAACAGGAGGCGCUGCUACAGGAGCAUCUUAUGGCCGUGCAGCAGCAGGCGGCUCUGCAGCAGGAGUUUGUCACUCUGCAGCAGCAGCAGCAGCAGCUGAUGGCCGUCCUGGCGGUGGCCCAGCAGACACCUGCGAGCCUGGGCCUGGAGCUUGGCCUGGUAGAGGCCAUGGCAGCAAUUGCACCGCCGCCGCCGCAGCAGCAGCAAGACGGCCUGGUGCCGCGGCGACGUGAACUGGCCAUCUAG